UUUUUUCGUUCUCCCUUCGCAAAGCCCGCACUGCACGUCUCUCGGAGUCAUUUGUGAUUCUUACUGUUUGUAUAAUUACCACUUGCCCCGAAUUAGAAAUAAAAACACCAGGUCGGGGAGCGGCUUAAAGCCUAGGGGCGGAGAUCUUGACACCAACUUUACACCUGAGUGAAAGGUCGCUAGAGACAGGCAGGAAUCGCGGGGAAAAUGGCGACUAAUGGAGACAUCGCUUCGCUAAUGUCCAAUGUGGAUGGUAACUAAAGCAGCUGGGGGGUGGCCACACGUCCAUCUGCCCAUUGCUUCAGCAGGAGGCGAAGGAAGAAAAAGGCAGACAAAGUACAGAGCGACAUGUCAGCCUCGGAACUUUACAGCAAGUACACGAAGAUUUGGAUCCCUGAUCCAGAGGAUGUUUGGAAAUCAGCAGAAAUCACCAAGGAUUACAAAGAUGGUGAUGAGCUCCUACAUCUUAAACUGGAAGAUGAAAUGCCAUUUGAGUAUUCCAUCGACUCAAAUGCAGAGCGGUUACCUUUCCUGCGCAAUCCAGAUAUACUGGUUGGCGAGAAUGACCUGACAGCUCUCAGUUACCUUCAUGAACCUGCAGUACUCCAUAACCUAAAGGUCCGAUUUCUGGAGUCCAAUGCCAUAUAUACGUAUUGUGGUAUUGUCCUAGUUGCUAUCAAUCCUUAUGAACAGUUGCCAAUUUAUGGAGAAGAUGUCAUUCAUGCAUAUAGUGGACAGAACAUGGGGGACAUGGAUCCUCAUAUCUUUGCAGUCGCUGAGGAAGCCUACAAACAAAUGGCAAGAGAUGAGAAGAAUCAAUCUAUUAUUGUAAGUGGGGAGUCUGGAGCUGGAAAAACAGUGUCUGCUAAGUAUGCCAUGCGCUAUUUUGCUACCGUUGGUGGAUCAGCCAGUGAAGCAAAUGUUGAAGACAAGGUACUGGCUUCAAGUCCAAUUAUGGAGGCCAUUGGUAAUGCUAAAACAACAAGGAAUGAUAACAGCAGCCGCUUUGGAAAAUACAUCCAAAUUGGUUUUGACCGACAAUAUUACAUAAUUGGUGCCAAUAUGCGAACCUAUCUGCUAGAAAAGUCCAGAGUGGUUUUCCAGGCAGAAGAUGAGCGUAACUACCAUAUCUUCUACCAAUUGUGUGCCUCGGCCAAUCGACCUGAUUUCAAAGAACUGAACCUAAGCAGUGCAGAAGACUAUUUUUAUGCCACACAGGGCGGUAACACAGAAAUAGACGGAGUUAAUGAUGCUGAGGAUUUUGAGAAGACAUGGAAUGCUUUCACAUUACUUGGUGUAAAGGAUGCACACCAGAUGAACAUUUACAGAGUAAUUGCUUCAAUUCUGCACCUGGGAAAUGUCGAAAUAGUGUCAGAAAGAGAUGUCGACACUUGUGGUAUUGCUAGAAACGAUGAGCACUUGAACUAUUUCUGUGAUUUGCUGGGAAUAGAGCACGAUCAAACGGAGCACUGGCUGUGUCACCGCAAGCUUGUCACGACCUCGGAGACUUAUGUCAAAACUAUGUCCAAGCAGCAUGCCAUCAAUGCCAGAAAUGCCCUGGCCAAGCAUAUCUACGCCCAACUCUUCAACUGGAUUGUGGAUCACAUCAAUAAAGCGCUGUACACAACCAGCAAACAGCACUCGUUCAUUGGAGUAUUGGAUAUUUACGGGUUUGAAACAUUUGAAAUUAAUAGUUUUGAACAGUUUUGCAUCAAUUAUGCCAAUGAAAAAUUGCAGCAGCAAUUUAACCUGCACGUCUUCAAACUGGAACAGGAGGAAUAUAUGAAGGAGCAAAUACCAUGGACUCUCAUUGACUUCUCUGACAACCAGCCAUGCAUUGAUCUUAUUGAGGCAAAAUUGGGUAUUUUAGAUCUGCUGGAUGAGGAAUGCAAGAUGCCAAAAGGGACAGACCAGAGCUGGGCCCAGAAGCUCUAUGACCGCCAUUCAAGCAGUCUGCACUUUCAGAAGCCCCGGAUGUCCAACAUGGCCUUUGUUGUUAUACAUUUUGCUGAUAAGGUGGAGUAUCAGUGUGAUGGCUUCCUGGAGAAAAACCGCGACACAGUACAUGAAGAACAGAUCAACAUACUGAAGGCCAGUAAGUAUCAGCUAGUAGCUGACCUCUUCCAGGAAGAGAAGGAACCUGCUACUUCCAACACGAAGGCAAAAACUUCUAAAAUAAAUGUUCGACCUCUCAAACCUGCCAUGAAAGCACCCAAUAAAGAGCACAAGAAAACAGUUGGACAUCAGUUUCGGAACUCUUUGCAAUUACUCAUGGAAACCCUGAAUGCGACAACACCACACUAUGUACGCUGCAUCAAGCCAAAUGAUGAGAAAUCUGCAUUCUCGUUUGAUCCCAAGCGUGCUGUACAGCAACUUCGGGCCUGUGGUGUGUUAGAGACUAUUCGUAUCAGUGCUGCGGGUUACCCAUCAAGGUGGACGUACCAUGAAUUCUUCGACCGAUAUAGAGUCCUAAUGACCAAGAAGAAUAUAUUAAACGAUAAGAAAGAGACUUGUAAGAAACUUCUUGAAAUCGUUAUCAAGGAUCCUGAUAAAUUCCAGUUUGGCCGAUCCAAAAUCUUCUUCCGUGCUGGUCAGGUGGCAUAUUUGGAGAAACUGCGAGCAGAUAAGUUCCGAGCUGCAUGUAUGAUGAUACAGAAGACUGUUCGCGGUUGGUUACAGAGAAUUAAGUAUAGACGGAUGAAGAAGGCCGCCAUCACUAUUCAGAAACAUGUUCGGGGCUAUCAAGCUCGCAGAUUGGUGGAUUUGUUGCGAAAAACAAGAGCUGCAGUCAUUUUUCAGAAGCAGUAUAGGAUGCUUGUUGUGCGACGAAAGUAUCUGCAUAUCCGCAAUGCAGCCAUCACAAUUCAGGCUUACACUCGUGGAAGGUUUGUCAGGCAGGUGUACCAUGAGUUGCUACGGCAACACAAAGCCAGAAUUAUCCAGAAGUGCGUAAGGGGCUGGAUAGCCCGAAAGAGGUUCUCCAGGAUACGCAAUGCGGUCAUCUAUCUCCAGUGCUGCUAUAGGCGCAUGAAGGCACGCCGUGAGUUAAAGACAUUGAAGAUUGAAGCACGGUCAGUAGAACACUACAAGAAGCUCACCAGUGGGAUGGAAAAUAAAGUGGUUCAGCUUCAAAGAAAGGUAGAUGUUCAGAAUAAGGAGCACAAGGCAAUGACUGAGCAGAUGAUGACAGUGACCACCGCACAAGCUACUGAAAUCAACAGACUGAACAAGGAGUUGGACCGAUGGCGUGAACAGCAAGGUGACAAGAGCCGAGAAACUAGUUUACAAGAGGAAAUUGAGAAACUCCGUGAGGAGCUUGGGAAAUCCCAGACUGAACGCAAAAUCCUGGAAGACACUUACACCAGAGAAAAAGCAGAACUUCAGCAGCGUGUACUAGAUUUGGAGAAAGAGAACACACUGCUGAAGGAUGAGAAAGACAAACUAAACCAGAGCAUCAAGAAUGAGUCGAAGGAUGUCGCAGAAAAACUCUCUCGGAAGACAGCAAAGGAAAGUGAGCGGGCAAAGGAGCUGGAAGAAGAGCGGUCUCGUUAUCAAAACCUCCUGAAAGAGUAUUCCCGUCUGGAGCAGCGCUACGAUAAUCUGCAGGAGGAAAUAAAUCUAAUUAAGCACACUCCAGGCCACAGGAGAAAUCCAUCCAAUCAAAGCAGUCUUGGAUCUGAUUCUAACUACCCUUCCAUUUCUACAUCUGAGGCUGGGGAUACAGAGGAUGCAGUGCAGCUGGUGGAGGAAGCUGGCUUGGAGAAUGCUGCCAUGGACAUGACUAUAUUCUUGAAACUACAGAAACGAGUGCGGGAACUGGAGCAGGAAAGAAAGUUGCUGCGUGCAGAGAUUGAGCGAAAAGAAGCAGCAGAAGCAGAAAAGGCGAACGAAUACAAUAGCAUCCCGGAGAAUGAGCAAGCAGCAGAUUUGGCUUACAACAGUUUAAAGGUCUUAGAGUUUGCGGGUGUGGAAGAUACUGUCGAUCAAGCCAUGCGACAAGAGCUAGAAUCUGAAAACAAGAAGCUGAAAAAUGAACUUAAUGAGCUAAGAAAAGCCAUUGCAGAGAAGGCAACCGGGGAGAAUUCAACAAACGAUGUGGAUAAUGCAUACAGUGUACUGCUAGAUCAGCUGAGGGUGGCCAAUGAAGAGCUGGAGGUGCGCAAGGAGGAAGUUCUCUUGCUGAGAACUCAAAUUGUUGAUGCUGCUCGUCAGAAGGAAGUGGUGGGAAGCAUGGCUAAUUUGACUGAGAAGUAUGAGUGGAAAAGAAGUGAUGAAAACACUGAGAAAGAUGAUGUCAUUGAGGCUUACAAUGGUAUAUGUGAAACCAAUAGGCUGCUGGAGGCACAGUUGCAGUCUCAGGUGAGGCAACAUGAGGAAGAGGUGGGAAGAAUGCAGACUCAGAUUGAGGUUCUGAAGGAGGAUUUGGAAAAGCAACAGCAGGUCAUCACACAGACACUCCAGAUGUCUCCAGAAGCACGCAUUGAGUAUAAUGUGCAACAGGAGAUCACACGCCUCACCAAUGAGAAUCUGGACCUUAAAGAACUAGUAGAGAAACAGGAAAAGAAUGAGAAGAAGCUGAAGAAGCAACUCAAGAUCCACAUGAAGAAAGUUCAAGAGCUUGAAGCAAGGAACUUAGUGCAGAAGGAAUCAAGACCUGAGCUAACCAGACAGGUCACUGUGCAACGGAAAGAGAAGGAGUUCCAGGGAAUGUUGGAAUACCACAAGGACGAUGAAUCCCAGCUUAUUCGCAACCUCAUCACAGACCUGAAGCCUCAAGCAGUAUCUGCCACUGUGCCAGGUCUGCCUGCAUACAUCCUUUUUAUGUGCCUUAGACAUGCAGAUUACAUCAAUGAUGACCAGAAGGUUCACUCACUCCUCUCCAGUACCAUCAAUGGCAUCAAGAAAGUGUUAAAGAAACAUAAUGAUGACUUUGAAAUAACGUCAUUUUGGUUGUCCAACAGUUGUCGCCUUCUACACUGUUUAAAACAAUACAGUGGAGAUGAAGAUUUUAUGAAGCAGAAUAAUACACGUCAGAAUGAGCACAGCCUCAAGAACUUUGACCUCGCAGAGUAUCGUCAGCUUCUAAGUGAUCUCUCUAUUCAGAUCUAUCAACAACUGAUUAAGAUUGCAGAAAGUCUUCUUCAAACCAUGAUAGUAUCUGCAAUGUUGGAAAAUGAGAGCAUUCAGGGUCUGUCCAGUGUGAAACCCAUGGGCUACCGGAAACGUUCUUCCAGCCGGGUGGAUGGAGACAGCAGCUAUACUCUAGAGGCCAUGGUACGCCAGCUUAACCUGUUGAACAACACCAUGUGUGAGCAUGGACUAGAUCCUGAGAUUAUCCAGCAGGUCUUUCGGCAACUUUUCUACAUUAUCAAUGCUGUUACACUUAACAAUCUGCUCCUGAGGAAGGAUGUGUGCUCGUGGAGUACUGGAAUGCAGCUCAGGUACAACAUCAGUCAGUUAGAAGAGUGGCUCCGAGGAAAAAAUUUACAUCAGAGUGGGACCAUGAAGACGAUGGAGCCUCUAAUCCAGGCAGCUCAGCUGCUUCAAGUAAAAAAGAAAACAAGUGAUGACGCUGCGGCCAUCUGUUCAAUGUGUACAGAUCUUACCCCACAGCAGAUUGUCAAGAUUUUAAACCUUUACACACCAGUGAAUGAAUUUGAAGAACGUGUGACAGUAGCCUUCAUUAGAAAUAUUCAGUCCUGUUUACAAGACCGCAGUGAACCUCCUCAACUUUUAAUGGACUUCAAACACAUGUUUCCUGUAAUCUUUCCAUACAACCCUUCUGCACUCAACCUGGAUACCAUUCACAUCCCAGCAAAUUUGAACUUAACUUUCCUCAACAGAGUAUAGAACAAAGUUGGGUAUCUGUGAAAGGAGGAGCGGAGAGAGACUAUGUCAGGAUCUUGGAUAAUUGCUGUCUUUCUAUCAAAAGUUAUUAUGGAAAGAAAUAAUUGCACGAGACCUAUUCGAAAAGAAGCAGAAUUGAUCUGGCACCACGACGUAAAAAUAUGUCUUCAAGAGGCCACUUGAGAAGCAGUCUGAGGGAACAACUAGCAUUUCAAGUGAUAGGCCAUGGUUUAUUUUUAUAAUUUAAAAGCCAAUGACUAUUUAUUGUGUCAGAUGUUUUAAAGGAAAAAAAGGUAUUUGUAAUCAAAAGAGAGCACUGGGAUUCAUGUGCUUUCUGCAUAUUUAACAGCUCAAGUCUGCAUUCAUUAUGCUUCUUUGCAAAGUUCAAGCAUGAACUGGAAUCUUUCUUUUGUAUUCGUAGUCAGAGUGGGAACAUUCUAUAGGUAAAUAAUGAUGUGUAUAGAUAAAAGAAAAUGACUGGAAAAUACAAACAAGGAGGGGCUUUGAUUCUGUUCAAUGUGUGCAACCAGUUUGAAGCUGGUAUCGCCUUUCUGCUAGAUGCAUAAAUAAUUCCUCAUCUUUGCUGCAAACAUAACUGAGGACUUGUUUUAAGAUUUGUGUAAUUUAUUAUUUCAAUUAAUUAUAGUGCUUCUGUCCAUA